AUUUCCCCAGUUAACUACAAACUUGUACUACUUUACAGAAUGAAAAUAUAUCUGAUUUUCCACAUCUCGCUACUAGAAUCAGCAGCGAAAGAAAUACUAACAGAUAAUACAGUAGAAGUUGAGAAUAAUGAAUCAGAAUACAAGAUAGAAAGAAUCUUCAAGCACAGAAGCAAUAACAACAUGCUCGAAUAUCUUAUCAAAUAG